CCGCUCUUUCCUUUACAGGCUGUAGUUUUCGACUGUUCUGGAGGCGUUUUGUCGCAUUGGUGCCCGCACUUUCUGUUCUCGGUGCGCAACUGCGUGGUGCGGAAAAGGCCUUCCGGACAAUCAGAUACGCCGCGCGGAAGAUAAAAUGGAGUUACUCCUAUAAUCUGGAUCAGCCUAAAUUCUGGGAACUAAGUUUUAGGAAGCUCCUCUGGCGCUCAUCGGCUUCCCCGGAAAGUUUGGGCUCUGUACAGCUCAUUUCAUCGGUAUCUUUAGGCAGGCUGGUCAUCUGAGAAGAGGAACAGAAGGCCCGGAUCUUCAGUGGCUCCUUUCAGUAAACAUGUGGAUUUUGUAGGAAGAUUUGGAUGAAGCCAUGACAAGAUGGGCUCGAGCAAGGGUCACACAUAACAAGAAAGCCCUAGAUGCAACACCAUGGGAUGAUCUGAAAAAUGGGGCUGCUGGAACUGUAGAAACAAAUAAAAGGCAGAACUCUUCAGAUAGAUUUUCUUUCAAGAACAACCAAGUGAAAAAGAAAAAUAAGAAGAAAAAAGAUUACCUGAAUGAAGAUGUCAAUGGCUUUAUGGAAUACUUAAAACAGAACUCACAGAUGUUGCACAAUGGCCAGUUGAUUGAUAGUCAUCAGGCAGAGGAAGAAAUAGCAACAGCUUUGAAAAAGGACAACCGGCGAGAACAGAGGAGAGUAAAGCGCCAGGAAAUUAAGAAGAAUAUAAUGGUUUGCUUCCACUGUCGAAAACCAGGCCAUGGGGUUGCAGAUUGUCCAGCUGUCCUUGAAAGCCAAGACAUGGGAACAGGAAUUUGUUACCGAUGUGGCUCUACUGAACAUGAAAUUAACAAAUGCAAAGCCAAACUAGAUCCAGCUCUUGGGGAAUUUCCAUAUGCCAAAUGCUUUAUUUGUGGGGAAAUGGGCCAUCUCUCAAGGUCCUGUCCUGAUAAUCCUAAAGGGCUUUAUGCUGAAGGAGGAUCUUGUCGAAUUUGUGGAUCUGUGGAGCACUUUAAAAGAGACUGUCCAGAAAAUCAAAACUCAGAUCGAGCAGCAACCGUUGGCCGGUGGAUGAAAGGAAUGAGUGCAGAUUAUGAAGAAGUUCUAGAAAAUCCUGGGCCACAAAAAGGAAAACCAAAAGUACCUAAGAUUGUUAACUUUUGACCAUUACUUUUGUUUUUUUCUAUAAUACUUCUCAAUAUAUGACUUAAAAUAAAAACUGCAAGCUUUUGGAGAUCCCAAAA